AUGUGGUGGUUAUUUUGUGUAGUAUUUACUGAUAGGUAUGGAAAAAAAAUAGACUGGACUAGCAAAAAAUCUCUAAGUUAUGCGGAAUUAUUAAAUAUUGUUGACAAUUUCUUGUUUGAGGAUAUACCGGAUGACCUAAAUUUCCAAACUGACAAAGAAUCAGAUGAUGAUGAGGCAUUAAUUAAUUCUAACAAUGCUGUACCAGAACCUUCAAGUACAUUAGAAGUAGAAGAUGUUACUCAGUCCAUAGAAAGUGGUAUAAGAGAAGAUGUCGAGGUAAAUUCAAUGCAUGAAAUUCACUUGAGUCAGCAGAAUGAGGCAAUUUUAGAUAGAAAGUGGCGUAGAAGAGAAAUAACUACUGCAUCUCCAGAAUAUAUGUACCCAACACGUACAGUAGAGGAUAACUUUGCUGGUUGCGAAACUGGAACUGACAUCUUUAUUUGCCUUUUAGGUUCCAUAAUUGAUGAUAUAGUUUAUCAGAGCAACUUAUAUGCUGUCCAAAGGAAUAAGGUUCUGAAUCUAAAAAAAGAUGAAUUGAUAACAUUUUUAGGACUAAACAUUUUCAUGGGGCAUUACAAGUUACCAAAUUGGAGGCAUUAUUGGUCUAACAGCGAAGACUUAAAAACUGCAAUCGUUCCAGCUGCAAUGAGCAGAGACAGGUUUGAUGCUAUAUUGAGCAAUCUUCAUAUAAACGACAAUACUAAUAUUAACACACAAACUCAAGAUAAACUAUACAAAAUAAGGCCAAUGAUAGACAAACUGAACGAAAAUUUUUCAAGAUAUUAUAAAGGAACUCGUGAGCUUUCGGUUGACGAAUCGAUAAUACUUUUCAAGGGACGGAGCUCUCUAAAGCAGUACAAUCCUCUCAAACCUAUCAAGAGAGGCUAG